GAGCAAGCCCUCGCGCGGGUGGAGGCGUGAGCCCUCGCGCGGGCGCGGGGGCCAGGAGCGGGCCGCGAGUCCGGCGCGGCCACCCCGCCUCGGGGGCGCCGGCCCGGGCGGUGGCGCCCUGCCGCUGGAGGACCUGCGGCGGCGAGUCGAGGACGAGCUCGGCCGGGAGAUGGUGCGGGAAGAGCUGCUCGCCAUGGAGGUCGCGGGUCACCCCACGGUGCCAGACGCGGAGCAGCUCGCCGUAGUGGACGUGAGGGCCCCCUCCCCAGAGCGCGCCGGUCCGGGCUUCGGUGCCUACCAGCUUGGCAGCGCCCUGCGUGGGCCAGGAGAAGAGGAUGCCGACGAGGGGGACGACCCACUGGGGGCGUUCGCAGCAGAGCCACCAGAGGACGACCCACUGGGGCUGCGUGGCCCACCGGAGGACGAAUCAUUGGGCUAUGCAGCACAAGAGGCAGGCGCUGCGGCAUCCAGCAGCCCUCCAGCCCCCCUGGCGGGCAGCCCGCGCGCAAGCGGGAGGAGCCGCGGAAGAGAGCUGGACUGUGAGAGCGUUCCUCCAGAGCGGCCGUGGCAACCAGGGUCCGCGGACGAGGCGGCCAGCGAUGAGGGCAGCUGGAAGCUCGGCGGAGGUGCCGCUCGGGGCGCCCCUGGGUCGCGUGGUGGCGAUCGCGCCCCUGGGGCCGCGGCGGCGGCCAGCCCCCCCUCCCUGCGCGGCAGGCCCCGCGCUGGGAGCAGCUCGGAGCGCUCGAGCUUCCGCCCUUGCGCAGCGGAGCUGCAGCACCAGGCUCCCGCUGGCGGGCCGCCGGAGCGCGCCGGCCUGGCUGGCCAGGGCGAGCGGGAGCGGUCCGCCAGCAGCAGCCGCCGCCGCGGCAGCGGCGCGGCUGGCGGGCAGGCGGGCGGAGUCCUCAUCGAUGAGCGCGCUGAUGCUGGCUCGGUGGACGGCCCCCCGGCGAGCGGCGCUGCGAG